AUGCCGGUAGAUUCCACGACGCUCGCAGAACGGGCGGAAGCUGGUCAAGUCUGGGAGGCGGCCGCGGUGGAGGCCUACAGUUCCUUCAACGUGGAAGCUGGUAUCGACUUCCCGGAUCCCUGGAGCUACAGCUGGCUAGGUCGAAUUGUGGUUUUCAACUUCGGAGGCCAUGGCCUCUACAUUGGGCCACAUUGGUAUUGCUCGGUGCUCAUGCUGGGCUUCAUUCUGGCAGUGGGGCUCUUCCAGUGCAAUUCCGUGACCUCGCUGGAACAACUUGCAGGGAGCGUCUUCGUGACUGUCCUCUCAACUGUGAGCUUCCUACGGUGCGCUCUAUCAAACCCGGGCGUGCUGCAGAAAAACCACGUCCCGACCGUUUCAGAGUCUUUGUCCGUGCGGGUGCGCAGGUGUGACAUCUGCCAGAUAGUUCAACCCCGAGGCUGCCAGCACUGCCAAUUCUGCCAGGUGUGCGUGCAAGGUCACGAUCAUCAUUGCCCCUGGAUGGGGAAAUGUAUUGGCAGCAACAACCUCUGCUCCUUCUAUACAUUCCUUUUCUGUGGCUUCGGCUCUUUGGCUUAUAUCCUUCUGGUGGCUUUGGCGCAGCCCCCUCCAGCGUAG